AUGGAUGCUCUUGUCAUAGGCUGCCUGAGGGAUGUUCGAUUCAACGGCCUGCUGCUCCCUCUGGACGGGCGGGGCUCUGAGGGUGUGUCCGUGCUGGAGAACAGGGGCGUGUCCACAGGCUGUUACAGCGAAUCGUGUCACUCCGUUCCGUGCUCCGCCCCUUUGCGCUGUGUGGAUCUGUGGAGGAAACAUGAGUGCAGGUGCCCCGGCUCUCAGAUGCUGCUCUCUGAUUCGUCGGGUCGCCAACGAUGUGUCCCAUCGCCGUGCCGACCGACUUCGUGCCGCCACGGCUCGGUGUGUCAGCCGCUGUCUGCUGACCACUUCCUGUGUCGUUGUCCAGAUGGGGUCAAAGGUCACCGGUGCGAGCUGGGGUCACUGAGGGGUCACCGCACGGCAGCGCUCAGCCCCAGCUCCAUCCUCGCCAUCAGCAUGUGCCUGCUCGUCUUUCUCGGGGUGCUGGUGGCGGUGACCGUGUGGAAUCAGAAGGGAAGCAGAAGUAAGUUCAGGAAGCGCGGUGUUUACCACGUCCCCCCAGAGCACGAGAGCUGGGAGGGCAUCCGGGAGAAUAUCCUCAACUACAACGAGGAGGGAGGAGGAGAGCAGGACCAGAACGGUUAUGACAUCUCGGAGUUGAAGCGUCCUCUGUGCUCGAGUUUGUCUCAGUCUUCUUCUUGCACCACGGCUCCUCUGCUGCGCUCUUCCCCCGGCUCACAGGAGGAGGUCCACUUCAGCGCCCCCUACAGACCGCACCACCUGCAGCCUGUGUACGCCACCCUGAGGUCCGAGCCCGACACACAGAGCCAGGGCUGGACCAGGGCCCACAGGACGCACGUGGAUUUCCAGAGCUACGUGUCGAGGAUCGUUUGGGAGGCGGACCAGCACAGCGCCGCCUUCCCUCCGGACACGCUGCACGUCUGGAGAGAGGAGGGGGCGGGGUCCAGUGCCGGGAGUCUGAGCUCGCUGGAGUCAGACAUCCACAGCACAGAGCCACACGGACUCUAGGUCCAUU